AUGGUGCUAGACAAUGAGUUCGCUACGACUGGGCUCCAUAAAGAAAUACAAUUCCCAUCUACCAUUGCGACGCGAAGAUCCGUCCAACAAACAGGGAUGCAGCGGGACAAAACCGGAAGCUCCGGCGGUGCUGAAAAGCCCGACCGGGAGGCCGCAAUCAUGUCCAAAUACUACGAUGGAGUCGAAUUCCCUUUCUGUGACGAGUUUUCUAAGUAUGAAAAACUCGCAAAGAUUGGCCAGGGUACCUUUGGGGAGGUGUUCAAGGCCAAGCACAGGCAGACGGGGAAGAAGGUAGCCCUGAAGAAAGUUCUCAUGGAAAAUGAGAAGGAAGGGUUCCCCAUCACCGCCCUGAGAGAAAUCAAGAUUCUGCAGCUCCUAAAGCACGAGAACGUUGUGAACCUUAUUGAAAUCUGCCGGACUAAAGUCGCUUGUCCCAUUUCAGCCACCCAGUUCAACCGCUACAAGGGCAGCAUUUACCUGGUGUUUGAUUUCUGUGAGCAUGACCUGGCGGGGUUGCUAAGCAACGCCAACGUAAAGUUCACCCUGGCCGAGAUCAAAAAGGUCAUGCAGAUGCUGCUGAAUGGACUUUACUACAUCCACCGGAACAAGAUUCUGCACCGCGACAUGAAGGCCGCCAACGUUCUCAUCACGCGGGACGGCGUUCUGAAGCUGGCGGACUUCGGCCUGGCGAGAGCGUUCAGCCUGGCCAAGAACAGCCAGGGAAACCGCUACACAAACCGGGUGGUCACCCUCUGGUACCGGCCGCCAGAGCUGCUCUUGGGUGAGCGGGACUAUGGCCCCCCCAUAGACCUGUGGGGGGCGGGCUGCAUCAUGGCUGAGAUGUGGACCCGCAGCCCCAUCAUGCAGGGCAACACGGAGCAGCAUCAGCUGACCCUCAUCAGCCAACUGUGCGGCUCCAUCACUGCUGAGGUCUGGCCCAGCGUGGAUAAGAAGUACGAGCUGUACCAGAAGAUGGAGCUGCCGAAGGGGCAGAAGCGGAAGGUGAAGGAGCGUCUGAAGGCCUACGUGAAGGACCCGUACGCCCUGGACCUGAUCGACAAGCUGCUGGUCCUGGACCCCGCCCAGCGCACCGACAGCGACGACGCCCUCAACCACGACUUCUUCUGGUCCGACCCCAUGCCCUCCGACCUCAAGAACAUGCUCUCCACCCACAACACCUCCAUGUUCGAGUACCUGGCCCCGCCCCGACGCCGCGGACACAUGCCCCAGCAGCCGGCCAAUCAGAACAGGAACCCCGCCACCACCAGCCAGACAGAGUUCGACCGGGUGUUCUGAUUGGGGGCCACGGAAGCACGUGUGGUGGAGUCUGAUUGGACGAAAGCCGCGGGGGCUCGGGUGUUGCCGCAAACUGAUAGUUUUUUGGUAUUCAUCCAACUUUGUUGAAUGUUGUCUAUCAUGGGGGUGGGAGUAGUCAUGUGACAUGUGGGGAUCACUCAUGCCCUUGGCUGCUAUUCGCAGGGGUCUGACCUCAUGCUUUGAGAGCUGGACGGCUUUUAAACGCGAGAGAAACGGGGCCAGCCCUGCUCGCACCGUAGCGGCCAUGUACCUUUGACCUCUGCCCUUUGCACUCUGGCCCAAGUGUAAACCGGCUCAUUCCAGCAGGUAGUAAUAAUGUGAGGGCUGGGAAACUGCAGUGUUAAGAGAUGAGCAGUGUGCUUGUGCUCUGCCUGUUUGUUGGAUUUGGUGGGGGGGAAUCCCCAUUUUUCUUUUUUUUUCUUUUUUUAAUGAAUUUUAUUUUUAUAAAUCAUGUGUUAGCGCCUUGGUUCAGUUAUUUGUGUAUUGCCGUGUCUGGGUGUAGUACACCAAUAAACCUUAUAGAACUACAGAAAA